GCAACACGCGGCCGUGUAGCGCGCCUUAACAAGGGCUUGCGAACUCAAACUCUUUGGAGUCCUUGCGAUUUUUUUUUAUUUGUGAUUGUGAUAAGUGCCUGGUGAAUUUUGAGGAUAAAAGAACAGAACUUUAGACACGUAAUAUGCGGAACAGGAUCGCUGUUAUAAAAUGGCCAUUAAAAAGUUUGUCUGCACGCCAAGUUGGGACGACAGCCCACUGCUACCAAGCCGCUGAAGGAGCCCCAACACAAACAGUGCCACCCCUGGCGCGAUGUCCUAUCCCCGGUCACCGCUCCCGGUCAACCCACGCCGCCAUAGACUCGACCGUCUUCGACACACUCUCAGUGCCUUCUGUCAAGUCCUGGGAUGAAGUGCCCGGCCCGAAGCCUCUCCCGCUGCUGGGGAACACCUGGAGAUUCAUACCUUAUGUUGGAGGCUACUCCGUAGAGCAUUUGGACAAAGUGUGUCUGUCUCUUCGCCAGCAGUACGGCAAGUGCGUCAAGAUGACCGGUCUUCUUGGUCGGCCCGACAUGCUGUUCGUGUUCGACGCUGGUGAGGUCGAGAGGGUCUUUAGAGGAGAGGACGCUGCUCCUCACAGACCUUCAAUGCCAUCGCUAAAUUACUAUAAACACAAACUGAGAAAGGAUUUCUUUGGAGUCGAAGAAAACUGCGCCGGAGUCAUUGCUGUUCACGGCGACGCGUGGGCAGCGUUCCGCAGCAAAGUAUCAAGGGUGGCGCUGAGCGCGAGUGCGGCUGCGCAGUACACCGAGCCCGUCGCUCAAGUCGCAGACGCAUUCGUUGACAGGUUACGACAAGUAAGAACUGACGCCAUGGAGACACCUGAAGACUUCCUGAAUGAAGUGCACAAAUGGUCUUUAGAAUCAUUAGGUCUAAUAGCUUUAGAUACAAGACUGGGUUGCUUCGAAGCUACAGACGGGUCAGAGAGUCAGCGGUUAAUUGACGCUGUUCAGACGUUCUUCCUGUGCGUGGGGGAGUUGGAGCUGCGAGCGCCCUGGUGGAGAAUCUACCCCACGGCCAUGUUCAGGAGAUAUGUCGCUGCUCUUGAUACAAUUCUCAGUGUAACUCUUAGCCACGUCGACAGAGCGCUAGAGGAAACCAGGUCUGGUGGUACCAAGUCAUUGCUUCAGGACUUGGUGGCAGCUGCUGGCCCCAGGGUGGCUGCUGUGGCAGCUCUGGAUAUGUUCUUAGUGGGGAUCGACACGACAUCGAACGCGGUAGCUUCAACACUAUACCAACUAUCACUAAGGCCUGAGGUCCAGGACAAGCUAUACGAAGAGAUCUCUAAAGUCCUACAAGGCCGGCCGAUGAGACCUGGUGAUAUCAACCAAAUGCCAUAUCUGAGGGCAUGCAUCAAGGAAGUGAUGAGGAUGUUCCCCGUUGUUAUUGGCAAUGGCAGGCAAUUAACCAAAGACACUGUGAUAUGCGGCUACAAUAUACCCAAAGGCACACAAGUAGUAUUCCAGCAUUACGUGAUGGGAAACAGCGAUGAGUUCUUUUCAAACUCAUCAGAGUUCAGGCCAGAGAGAUGGCUGCGGCGGUCUCCCAAUCAGGCUCAUCAUCCCUUCGCCUCCCUGCCCUUCGGUUUCGGCAAGAGGAUGUGUCUAGGAAGACGGUUUGCUGAGCUGGAAAUACAUACUGUUAUUGCUAAGGUAGUCCAAGCUUUCAAAUUGGAGUACCACCAUGAACCUAUGGAGUACCACAUCCACCCAAUGUACACACCCAACGGACCUAUACGGUUAAAACUAAUAGAACGAUAAACAGUCUUUCUGAUAACCAUGUGUUAGUAUUUUAAAAGUCUAUUCCCAAACCCGGUUAAAUACUCACAUCUCUGGAGAGGAGUCCGGGUUGUAUUUUCGACUAAAGACAUUAUGUUUUAUGUUUUAAUUGCCUUCGUAUCAUAAACAAAUUGAAGGUGGCGUAUUUCUCUUUGUGGCACUGUACGAUAAUUUUUUUUUUAUAUAUGUAAGUAUACAGCUCACAAUCUCAUGACUGUAAACUAAAAGUCUACCAGUUCAUCUUUAUAUUUACUAUACCUUUAUGCCGAGUUGUAGUCACAAAUAUAGAAACUUAAAUAAUUUUCUUUUGACGUUGGUUUAAUGGGGCAAAUUUGGGGUCUUAUGAACCCACGUCAGAAACGGGAUAGUCUGGUAAUUACGCCUUCUGACCUCCAUGACUUAGUAGAAUAAGACUACUUAAUUUUACGUUGUAGUGUUCCAUUCAGUUGCUUGUGAGUUUCUUUUUCUUGUGAUUCAGUGCAGAAAUACUGCACGAUGUUUCCA